UACCUCCCGUCCCCGCCUGUUAUCAGCAGUAGCUGGUGAGCCAUAUAACGGAGGGCGGCACCGCCUAUCGCUGUAAUAGUUCUUCCCCCUCCACAGGGUCAAAGUCUAUAUGAAACCAACGAUAAACUACGGACAGAGUUAACCCGACGGGAUUUCACAUCAACAGGAGGAUCGGUGAAGUUUCUAUAUAUGUUUGUGUAUAUAUAUAUUUCUAAGCCGAUGGCUCCCCUACUGACAUGCAGCAUUUUUAUCCUGAUGGCGCUCCUCUUAACGCCGGUUCCUGUGGAGGCAGAAGGAUUACACAGAGCGAAAAGAGAAUGGAUCAGAAGUCCCAGAAACCUCAAAGAGAAUCAUGAUUACACCGGCUUGGACAAUAUUGCCAUAAUUCGUUCUGACAAGGAGAACUUCACAAGGAUAAUAUAUUCUUUAACAGGGCCUGGUGCUGACAAGCCACCUGUUGGCGUAUUUUCUAUCAACCCCAACACUGGUUAUGUGAGAAUCCACUCCAUUCUGGAUCGAGAGAAGAUCGCAGUCUAUAAUUUAAAAGGUGUGGCAAGAUUCACCAACAUGAGCUACGCUGAAAGUGAUAUUGACCUUCCAAUUAGGGUUGAGGAUGUGAAUGACUGCCCACCGGUCAUUAAAGCACACCAGAUCUCAUAUGUCAAUGAAUCUAGUGCAACAGGUACUUACGUCAUGAAAGUAAUAGCUACCGAUGCUGAUCAAGAGAACACACUCCACUCCCAGAUCUACUACAGAAUUGACGAGCAGAGUAAUGCAGCUGGGAUGUUCCUCAUCAGCACUGCGACUGGAGAGAUCAUGGUUCGACAAAACACUCUAGAUAGAGAGACAAAAGAUACAUACAAGCUGAAAAUUAUAGUGUCUGACAUGAAUGGACAACCAGGAGGAAACACAGGAUCUGGAGAAAUUGAGAUCAGAAUUCUGGACAUAAAUGACAAUGUUCCAACCCUGGAAAAAGAAUCGUAUGAAGGGAGUGUGGAGGAGAACACCAUUAAUGUGGAAGUGAUGAGGAUCAAAGCCAUUGACAUGGAUCUGAUUCACACUGACAACUGGCUGGCUGUCUACGAAAUCGUUUCAGGGAAUGAGGGAGGCUAUUUCAGUAUCACUACUGAUUCAAAGACCAAUGAGGGAAUUAUCAUGAUUAACAAGGCCCUGGACUAUGAAGAACUAAAAACUCUCAACUUGGAUGUGGCUGUUUCCAACAAAGCAAGUUACAGUGCUGGCACUACGGUAUCAAAAAAAUCCUACCCUAUUAAAAUCAAUGUGCUCAAUCAGAAGGAAGGCCCCCGUUUCCAGCCAACUGUCAAAGUGGUGACUAUCUCUGAGGACCACUCUUCCAUUUUCAUCAACAAAGUCAUCACCAAUUACGCUGCUAUUGACAGUGACACACUUAAGACAGCCACCAACGUAAGGUAUGCAAAACUCCGUGAUGAUGACAACUGGUUGAUUAUUGACGAAAAAACAGCAGAUAUCAGGCUGAACAAACUGCCAGACAGAGAGUCCAAGUUCUUGAUCAAUGGAACAUAUUAUGCUGAAAUUAUAUGCAUCACCAAUGAUGGUUCCAAAAAAACUGCCACAGGGACCAUUGCCAUUCAGGUGCAGGACUUUAAUGAUCACUGUCCAGAACUGACUGCUACAACUCACACCAUGUGCCUCGAGGAUAAUGUGAUCUAUGUCACAGCCAAAGACAUGGAUGAAUUCCCCAAUUCAGUGCCGUUUGAAUUCACAGUGAUUCAGGGGAGCAGCAAGGGGAAAUGGACAGUAGAGCAUUUUAAUGAAACCACAGCCAUUCUGCGAGACCAAGCCAACUUGUGGCCAGGCACCUACAAAGUGGCAGUGGAGGUCAAGGACCAGCAAGGAAAGUCCUGCACUGACGUUCAGAUAAUGGACAUAACUGUGUGCACUUGCAAUGAAAACACUAAAACCUGUGUGUUGCGGCGUACGACAACUGCAGGUUUAGGUGCCGCUGGUAUCCUGCUUCUGCUCCUGGGACUGCUGCUGCUACUGUUGGUGCCCUUGCUGCUGCUGUUCUGCCUGUGUGGAGGUGCUGCAGCUCUGGGAAAUUUCAAGCCAAUUCCAUUUGAUGCAAAACAACAGCUGAUCCAAUAUCACACUGAGGGGCAAGGAGAAGACAAGGAAGUUCCUCUUCUACAAGUCCCAGUGGAAGUUGACGGUGGUGCAGUGACUACCUUGAAUGCCAACAACUAUGGGGGAGGAUUCACUGAACAUUUAGGAGCAGCAGGUGGAGCAGUGGGUGGGGGAGCAGCCAUUGGUGGUGCCGUAAACACCUCCACUUUGACAGCUGAGGACAUCCACCUAUACAACCGUUACAGACACUUCAGUGGCCAAGAGGACAUAAUGGGUAUGGGGACCAUGACGGGACAAGGGCACUUCUUCUCCCAGUACAGAGCUGGGGUCUUUGAUGGGAUGGCUCUAUCUGAUCAGUUCCUGGGAGAGUACUAUUCAAGUAAAUCAAACCAUGCUACACAACAGUCCCAGCAGAAGGAUGGACUGCUGGUCUAUGACUAUGAGGGUGAGGAGUCCCUGGCAGGUUCUGUAGGUUGCUGUAGCCUUCUUGAGAAUGAUGAUGAUCUCACGUUCCUCAAUGACCUUGGGCCCAAAUUCAAAACCCUGGCUGAGAUUUGUCAGGGGUCAGCCUUAGUGUCUGAGUCUGUGGAUGUAGGAGUUUCUCUUCCCCCAAUCCAGCCGGUGUCACCAGUCAGGCCCUCCACCUCCUCCCACACACAUGUCCAUACUCACACAGAAACAGUUAGGGACAGGGACCAUGUCAACAUCAACACCCUCAACUUCUCCAAUGUAGCAUCUGGAUCCUCCACCAUUGUCCAGAAAGAGCACAUCACACAGGGUUCGUCAACUCUUCCCAAGGUACAUGUCCAGGAUAAGGUAGUGAUUCCCAGUCAGACGCUGCUCAUACAGCAGCCCACUAUGUACUACGCUGCUUCACCCAUGUAUGUAGUUGAACCCCAACCCCAAGUGGUGCUUGUGGCAGGGGGCACCCAGCAGCAGGCAGUCAGUCAAGUAGGCCAAGUUGGGUUAAGUCAGGGGCUGGUUCAGGUCGGUGGUCUCCAAGGUUCUCAGGGUGUGGUCCUCUUAGAUAGGCAGGUGGGAGUGGGUGAAGUGACAGGGCAGGUAAUACAAGGCCUUCCACAAGGAACUGUCUCCAGGUCCAGAAAAGUGUUGGUGGUGGAGCAUGGGUCCUCAGGUGCAGAGCACGGUGAACACUUAGUGCAGGGAUUCACUCAGACAGGACUGGGGUCAAGAGAGCAGGGCUUGGAGGUCAGAGGUCAAGGUGUGCAGGGUUUUUCACUGGGCUCACACAGCUCUACAGGGUCAAAUGAGGAUUUUUCUGCAACAGCCACACCCAGGUUCCAAGGGAGCCAGAGAGUGGUUGUGCAACAUAAGAAGGUCUCAGUCAGUGAGAGAAAUAUUGAAUCUAGUACAAGAGCGUAAAGUAAACCUAGAAUAUACUACAGCACAUAAACAUGCUUCUAUUGAUAUAGAUAGAUAGCAUGUUAAAUUGUGGUUAAACUGGUAAAAGGAUUGUUAAGUCUGCUAAACCUAAAGUGCAAUACUGUAUGUCCCUAGUGAUAACACUACUACUCAUACUAGUUAACACAUGGUAUUGACUACAUCACUAUUAAAAAGGCAUUUCCAUACUAAUACUAGUUAGAAGACUAGAAAAAUUACUCUUGCUCUAAUUUAUUGAUACCAAAAAGUGCAUUAAAUUCUCAUAUGCUACCUGUUAAACUGAGGCUCUGUUAACAUUAGAUGAAAAUGUAUACUUUACGAUAUUAGUGGAAAGUAUACAUUAAAAUUGGGAGAAAACAACUGAUUUUAAAAGGCUUUACAUGAUCUCUGUUAUUACGCUCCAGCCAAGGGAAAACCUCUGCAAAACCUCUCUGGUCCCAAGAAUGACCAGUUACAGUAGACACCAGAUGACAGACCAAAAAGCACUGUAUUUAUUUCAGGUACAAUGGCAUUGGUUCAGGGUGGGGACAGCCAAAGUAAACAAAGCAUAACUAAACCUGUCACGCCUACAGUGUAUACUUACCUAUUAAACAAAAAUUGUGAGCCUGAGACCAAAUCUCCCAACUGAAGAAAAACUAGAGGAGGCAGAGAACAAGCAAAAAGGCCACACACCUACAUCUCCCUUAGCAGAAAUAUGUGUACACUAAUCAAAGUCUUAUGUCAGAUCAGCAAGUUUGGGAGAUGGAAUAAGGAGGGAACCAGUGGACUGAUGGCUAUAUUUGAGUGCUAACCAGCAAGAACUCUCCUGCACAAACUUGCCAGCCAGUCAUAGCACUAUGACUGCAGCUCAGACACAUCUAUGACCCAAUAAGAACAAAAGGAGAAACACAAAACAUGUCAUGCACUGGUACAUGAAAGAAAAGAUUAUAUUUUAUAACAUUAUACUGCUAAUGGGAAAAUUCUGUCCUCUGAACCUAUGUACUCCUAAAGUUUCUCAGUGUUAUUUUAAUGGAUGUGGGAUUGAAAAGUGGAACAGCAGUAUUCUAAAGCCAAUAGUCAUGUCAUUGGUACGGAUAAAUGCUCUCCCACAAUUAUAGAAGGAGUAUGGUGCUUAGGGGGGUGGGGGUGUGGGGGUGGGGGUUGGUAGUUAAACCCUUAACUUGUUGCUAUUUUUGAUAAGACCAGCACAGAACCUGUGUAUUCUGAAAAUGAUGUGUUCAUAGAAUUCCUGUUGAACUGACAACACAAUGAUACUUCAGAAAGUCACUAAGGCAGGGGGAAAAGGUUGCAUCCAUCCAUACAGGCUUUGAACAACAGAUUCAGUACUGUAUAUUUUUGUGUGGUGUUUAUCUACCGAUACUUGGUUUGCCUUUGCAAUAUAUCAGCUUUAGUCAUGCCAUAAGUUUUUCUGCUGAUGUUUAGACUGUUGAACUCUGUUAUACUAUAACUAAUGAAGAAGUGUUUUAUGGGUGGCUUCCUUGGAAACUGCAUGAAACAUAGAUAAACGCUGUUUGUAUUGUACAACUGAUGAAAGCACUGUCAACAGAGGAGACAAAGCCCAAGUGUUUGAAUAUUUUAGUGCACCAAGAAGGGAUGAGAUUCUUUUUAUCAGUAUACAGCAUAGUCAUUAUAGACUAUAAAUCAAAGGAGACACCACACAAAUUUUCUACUGUAUUGUUGCACUCUUUAUUAUUUCUACAGAAUAUGCAUGUGUUUUCCAUGUUCCUCUUGUCGAAUAAGACAAGUAACUCCAAAAGAUCUAAGUGCCAAAGCUGUUUUUUUUUACCAGUGUAUAUUGCAAUUUAAUGAUGGAUGGACUUUAAAUAUGUUGUUUUUAUUGUGUGCGUGUGUGUGUCUGUGUGUGUGUGCGUGUAAAGAUAACAUGAUUUGGGUAUGUGAAUGAGAAAAGUAAUCAAGGCUGAGUUUGCUAAGCACUGGUGUAAUGACAUUGUUUGAUAUUGCUCGUUUUGCUGUUGAUAUACAGUGUAUAUCUAUUUUUGUCUCAGUUGUCUAAUAUGCUGUAUGAAUAUAGCAUGCGUGAGUGAGGAUAUUUUCAUUUUUUGUAAGUUUUGCGCCUCCUAUCAUAAUAAAUAAGAAAAGAACUGUU